AUGAAUCGUUUCAGCAAAGCUAUCAAGUUUUUCACCCCCGAGAAUAUCAUCCGUCUUCUACUUUUGGUUGUCGGUGCCGUCGCUUUCGGCCUGAGCAUCGCCGUGGGACAUAUCGGACGGAGAAAGGCAGUAUUCACCGUCCUCCCCGUGGCUUAUGCGACGUCCACGGUCUGCAAUGCCUUGAUCUUCCUUUCCAGUCUGAGGACGUUCCGGUCGAAGGUUAUCUCAAAACGCCUUCGAUUUCGAGACGAGGAGAAGGACGUCAAGGCCCCCUCGCUUCUCUUUUUGGCAGCAGACACGCUCGGCCUCUUCACCUUUCUCGCCCUGUAUAUCUGGAGCACAAUUGAGACCGCCAACGCGGAAAACAAUUACGGCUGGUACCCGAUAAUGUUGAUGACAUACUCAGGCGCCGGAGCGCUGGUAGCCAGGUGA